UUGUUGUUUUCAUCAGCGUUACUACGGGCUUGACAGGAGUGGCUCUCUUAAACGCCCCUGCGCUCUUGGAGACGCUUUACUCCCUUGUUUUUUUUUUUUGUUGCGCGGACGCGUUUUUGGAUGAUACGCGCGCGGAGUAUGCGCGCAUCAUCCCCGUGACUUUGCGUUUUAAAAAGGAAUACUACUUGGAAAUAGAAGUUUUUCGCUUGUUGUUUGUGUAUUUUUUGACCCCUAUGUGCAACAAAAUGUCAGACGUUCGCCUUUCCAAUGCGAGCCCGACAGUGGAGAGGGUGGACGCUCGGCUGCCAGACACCGCCAGACCCCCGGUCCGCAGAACCCUUUUCGGCACACCGGACCCGGAGGAGAUACGGAGUUAUUUGGACGCGUCGAUACAGGGAGAGGUGCAGAGUUUUACGGACACGUAUAACUUUGAUCCCGUCAACGAGAGACCGCUCUCUCCGCGCAACUACGACUGGCAAGAGGACCGCGACGCACCGGAGUUUUACGUCAGGGAGCCCCACGGGAGACAGCGGCCCCAGCGGGAGGACGGUACCGGCCGACGGGACGCGGAGGACCGGCCACCGGACAGCACCGGAGCGAGGAAGAGGCGGUCUGGAGCUUCAGGAUCCUGCGACGACGAGACUCAGAGUAAAAGGUCGCAUACCGACGAUGAUGAUGAUGAUGAUGAUGAUGAAGAAGACCACGGUGCAGGAAGUCAGGCGGUAAACGCCGUGGAGGAGAGACUCAGCAGGCCAGAGGAGAGCCCGCAGGACCAGUGAAAAACAGUGCUAGAGCGGGGAGACCUGUUGCUGGUGGAAUACUGUAGCCUUUCUCAUCAUCUGAAAGAUGGGAGAGAAAAUAUAAAAGCAGUCUUUUCCUUAAGAAGGGAGGAGGAGAGGCUGCACAAGCACUGAAUAUGUACACUAUCAAGUUUUGGCACUCAUUUCAAUUAAAUUGCCUCAGAAGCAGCAGACAAUGUAGCAGUGUGCAAAUGGAAUUUUGCUCAUUUUUUAUCUACUACCUAUGUUUCAGAUGUAGCACAUAAAAAAAGCAUAUUGUGCUUUUCAUACUUUUGUUAAAUGUAUUUGAAUAAGUGUGUGAAUUUGACUCGGGAAGUUGCAGUGCAAUUUCCAAAAGAGAAAUAUUAUUUUGUUAAAAUGGUCAUAUUGUAUCAUUUAUUCAGGUAAUUGAUGUAAGUUAAAAAUGCAGAUUUCAAAAGUCAGGGUUGUGUGGAAACAAAAUGUCUUCACUUUUUCUAUGGCUUUAUUUGUCCCAGUGUUACAUAUCUUGUUUUUGAAGGCCCAGAUGGCCACACUGUAAGUUGAGGGUCCAUCUAACUGGGAACAGCCAUGAAAGAUAAAGUUUACAUGCAAAUAUGGUCUCCUUAUUUACCCCCACAAUUUUUAUUUGACAAUUUAGUAUUUUUAUUUUUUUUCACCAAAGUUUGUGCCUUUUGUUCGGGGGUUAGGGGAGGGGUGUGUGUGUGGCAAAACUGCUGAGCAAUAUCCAACCAAAUUUUAACAGUAUUUGCUAAUAAUCCUAAGAAUUAGCUUUUAUUUUUGAAUUGGGUAAAUUCAUAUUUUAGUGGCUUUUGGGUCACAUAAUCCACCCCAUUUUACAAGUGGUGUAGCCCAAGUUAACAUAGAUUAAAUAUGUUAAAAUCACCGGGCUACUUAUUAUGCAAAUAUGUGAAUCAAAGAUUUGUAUUUGUGGUGGAAUUCAUGUGGAACAUGUAAUUGCACUAUUUUUAAUUUCUCCUUUUUGAGGGCAGAAAAACAAAGUGACACUGCCUCAUUUGGUGUAAAACUUUGAAGUGUACCUGUGUGCCUUUUUUUUCCCUUUUUUUUCAAAAACACUGAAAAAAUUAUACUAACUUAUUUAUGUUGAGCUUUUUGUUGUGGGUGUAUGUAUAGCUUCCCAAAGCAACUUUUUUGUAAAUAUAUAUUUUCAUUAUUGUUUUUAAGAGAAAUAAACUGUUGCAAAACUGAGCCUAAU